AUUAAUAAUAAUAAAAUGGAAGUAGAAGAAAAUCAAAAUCAACAGCAAGAAGAGGUUCGUGCUGAGGAAGAUAACCAUAACUGGGUCACUGACUUUCAAAACUACAGGAAAAACUUCUUUAAGAAUUUGUGCUGCUCCAUGACCGGUUUUGUUGCCAUGGUCGUUUGUAUAAUAAUUGCAGGAAGUGGAACAUGAGGUGGAAAUACAAAGGCUGUAGUUUAUGCAGCCCUUAUAAUUAAGUUUACCUUUGCGGUUCCUAUAGAGAUUUUAUAUAUGUUUCUCAUCUAUAAGCGCAUCUGAAAAUCCACGAAUAUAGGUCUUAUCAAGCUAAUCUUGAUGUUCCUCUUCUUAUCGUGGUAUAUUUACAUAAUAGUCUCAUUUUUCUCAAGUGACAAUGAUUGACAUGAUCAGCAGAGAGCUCUUUAUGUGGCUCAUUUUAUACUCCUCAUAGAGUCAUUCUUGAUGCUCCUUUUCGUCACCUUCCUAAGCAUCCUAAUUUGCUGUGUGAUAAUCUGCUUGUGUCGUCACCAACAAUUGAAAAAGAAAGAGAACAGAAAGAAUCGUAGAUUGAAAGAUGUACUCCUCAAUGCUGUAAACCUUCAACUGAACCUCGAUGACCUCAACGAAGACGACCAAUGAGCUAUUUGCUUGGAGGAAUUCAAUGAAGACGAUAAUAUCUUGAGACUUCCUUGUGAUCAAAGACACCACUUCCAUUCAACCUGUAUUGGAGAUUGGUGUUCUCGUAAAGCUACAUGUCCUCUCUGCAAGGUCGAAUUUGACAAGGAUAAAAUAAAAUCUGUAAAGGUGGGAUCCCUCAACAGCUAAAUUAUCCCAAGACAUAGAAUCUGGUACUGUCUCACAAGACUGAGAUUGAAAGUCAUUAAUUUUUAGU